UGACGUCAUUUCUCUCUCUUUUUCUCCCCCUCUCUUUCCCUGUCUCCCCUCUCUGUCCUCCUACGGGUAGUGCACACGCGUGCAGCUGUACGUGAGUUAAACAGUGCGUAGUUGGAAACGUAUUUGUUUUUCUACGGGGCGGUGUGAUUCCCGUGUUGUCGAUCUAUGCGCAAUUUCUCGGGAACGUCGCCGUCGUUGCCGCCUUGUAAUCCAGGACCGUCGUGUAUCGAUGUUUUAACUGGAUUAUGCACCAGCUUUCAUCGAAUAUCCUUCCUGCCUUUCAGUUUGUAAAUGCUAAAACAUGCCACCCAAGCAAAGGAAAAUAGCUAUUAUGGGCUACAGGUCUGUAGGUAAAUCCUCCCUUAGCAUACAGUUUGUGGAAGGACAAUUUGUGGACUCCUAUGACCCCACAAUAGAAAAUACAUUCACAAAAAGUACACGGGUAAAUAGUCAAGACUAUGAGCUCAAGUUAGUAGACACAGCUGGGCAAGAUGAGUAUAGUAUAUUUCCCACUCAGUAUUCAAUGGACAUUCAUGGCUAUGUCCUGGUAUAUAGCAUAACCAGUGCGAAGAGUUUUGAAAUUGUACAAAUUAUUUAUGACAAGCUUCUUGACAUCACUGGAAAGCUACAUGUCCCGAUUGUACUAGUGGGCAAUAAAACAGAUCUAUACGUGGAUCGUAUGAUCACGACAGAUCAAGGAAAGCGCUUAGCAAAUUCCUGGAAUGCAGCGUUUCUCGAAACUAGUGCGAAGCAAAAUGAGUCUGUUGCAGAUAUUUUUCACACAUUACUGAUCGAGAUCGAGAAGGCGAAUGGAAACGUACAAGAAAGGUCGAAUUGCAUUAUUUCUUAAGUUGGUUGGGUCAGUGUCAUUUAACGAAAAUGUAAAUGUAUAAAACUGGGUGAAUGCACUGGCAUUAUUUCUGGCACAUUUACAGUCAGCAUUGAAACAAAUACAACAGUGUCAAAAACGUAAAAGGAAAAGCGCGUGUAAAACUUCUCAUUACAUUUCUUUUUGUCAUGCAAACUUCUAUAAACAAUUGAGUUUCGGGUACACAUGACAACAAUAAUAAUUAUACAUCUAGACUUUACGACAUACCAUUAUUGUUUUUAUGGACAAUCGAUACCUCUACUUACGUUCCGAUUUUACAUUCUACUUGUAUAAUUAAGUCUUAAAUAUUUGCGUGGAUAGAGUCGCGAUUAGUAAGCUCAGUUAUUUUUUCCCACUCGGCAGACUUAAUGCUAAAUCUUCAAAUCUUCAAAGCUUGCUAAAUUGAUUCAAUGCGAGUAUUUAAGAGUUAAAGUUACAAAAUAAAUUGCUACUUUUAUUUAUAUUCGAUUGUAUAUUCAGGAUUUCCGCGCGAUUAGAUUUAGAAUUUAUUAUUAAGAUACGUGACUAAUUAUAUAUAUCAAUGUUAGUUUCUUAAAAAAAAAAAAAACUUCUGUUUCAGUACAUACAGAUGUAUUUACGCAUAAAGCGUAUACAUGUGGAAAAUUUAGGAAUAAUUAAAGGAUCUACAUUAUAAUAGUUCUCUCUUAUAUAAAAA